AUGGGGGUUUGGAGCCGUUUUAUGUCCAAAAAGCUUGUCUCAGGUUCAGUGAUCGGUGUGGUUGGUGGUGCAUCCGGUUAUUGGUUUCUUUCGAAAACCUCCCCAGAACGCCAGACAGUCGAAAAUUCAUUCACAACCAACUAUGAACCGUCUCCGUGUGCACGAUGGGAAUGGAACUGGGACCACCGGGAUCCGAAAAGUCUCGUAAAACCACUUAAAAAAGUUGAUGAUCCAGAAUCGCAAAACGAUUACAAUAAGGCGGUGGAAAUGAAGAAAGGUCGUGCCAUACGCCAUCUGAUUUUGGUACGUCAUGGCCAGUACAAUCUCGACGGAAUGACCGACAGUCAGCGAACGUUAACCGAGCUGGGACGUAAACAGGCCGCCUUGAGUGGAGAGCGACUGAAGCAUCUCGCUCUACCGUACGAUGAAAUCGUUCGUUCGACGAUGACCCGCGCACAAGAGACAGCGGAGAUAAUAGGCAAAUCAUUGAUGCAUCUAAAGCUGGUUAACUGUCCACUGCUAGAGGAAGGAUCGCCCAUUCCUCCGGAACCACCGGUUGGUCACUGGCGUCCUGAAGCAUCGCAGUUUUUCCAGGAUGGUGCUCGUAUCGAGAGUGCAUUCCGGAAAUAUUUCUACCGUGCCGAUCCGUCCCAGAAGUCGGACUCGUACACCAUCAUCGUAUGUCACGCAAACGUGAUACGUUAUUUCGUGUGUCGUGCUUUACAGUAUCCCGCCGAAGGAUGGCUACGCAUUUCGCUCGGGCACGCAUCGCUAACCUGGGUAUCCAUAUACCCGGAUGGACGGGUGUCACUACGCACGCUAGGCGACUGUGGUCACAUGCCGAAGGAUUGUCUUACACGAUAG